GAGGGCGCACCGGUGUCAGUUUGCUCCAGCCCUCUUCUGCAGCGGUCGCUUGUUGCUGGUUGCGCGCAGCGGCGCCUCAGAGCAGGGAUUUUUUUUUUGGGGAGGGGGAGUGGAAAUUCCGCCGUUUCGUGCUCCUCACGUCGCGACUCUUGUGUUCCUGACAGUUCAGCUGUGGGCAGCGAGACAGCGGGACUCAAACCACACGGAGUCCAGACCAGGGGGAGCUCCGAUUUUUUUCUCCGAUUUUUCUGCCGGCUAAACAGUGAUUUUCGUGUUGUGAUUUAAUUCAUUACCUUUCUUGGAAGCACCCGAACCUUUCCUGCUGGGUGUCAUUUAAAGAGAGAGCAAUCGGGAGCGCAGAGGUGCCACUUUUGCAGCAUUGGAUUUUUCCUCUCUUUUUUGGUUUUGUUUGCGUUUGGAUUAUUUUCUUCUAGGAGUGCCAAGUUGUUCCUUGUGAAACGCAGGAUGCUGGGGACUCUACAACCACCAGAGCUCUUACUCUGAGAGAAUCUGUUAUUUCCUCUCCCCCCUGGACGUGUCUUCUCUUCAGUGCUCUUUUUCCUCCUUUUUUUGUGGUUUAUCAUAUUAUCUGUGUGGUGCCAUAUAUUAAGGAUGCGGUGUGGAUUUCUAUUGUUCCUUUUCACCAAAAUCAUCUCGGUGUCUCCGUUUACUCAUCCUGAUAUAUGCGGGGGAAACAUAGUGAUCCACUCCGCAGACUACCUGACCUCCCCGGGUUACCCCACCGCCUACCCGCCCUCCCAGCUCUGCAUGUGGGUGAUAACCGCCCCUGAAGUCGGUCAGAAAAUCCUCAUCAACUUCAACCCGCAUUUUGAUCUGGAGGAUAGGGACUGCAAGUAUGACUAUCUGGAGGUCUACAACGGGGGAGAUGAGAAUUCGCCCAUGCUGGGGAAGUUUUGCGGGAAAAUUGCGCCCUCUCCCAUCAUCUCCAGCGGCGGCCAGCUCCUCAUCAAGUUCGUCUCCGACUAUGAAACCCACGGAGCCGGAUUCUCAGUUCGAUACGAGGUCCUCAAGACAGGCCCAGAAUGCUCCAGGAACUUCACUGCACCCAGCGGCGUCAUUGAGACGCCCGGUUUUCCCGAGAAGUACCCCAACAACCUGGACUGCACCUUUAUGAUAUUCGCCCCCAAGAUGGCGGAGAUUAUCGUGGAGUUCUACAGCUUCAGCAUGGAACCCGACUCCACGCCCCCGCCAGGCGCCGUCUGCCGAUACGACUGGCUGGAGAUCUGGGACGGCUUCCCUGCAGUGGGUCCUCACAUCGGCAGAUACUGCGGCCGCACGUCCCCGGGUCGGGUCAUCUCCCAUACGGGCAUCCUGUCCAUGACCAUCACCACUGACAACGCCAUCGCCAAGGAGGGCUUCACGGCCAACUACACCAUCCGAGAGAGGCCCGCCAGGCAUGAGGAAGAGGAUUUCGCCUGCAUGGAACCACUGGGCAUGGAGUCUGGGGAAAUUACUGCCGACCAGAUCAAGGCCUCAUCCCAGUACAACGCCAACUGGUCGCCAGAACGCUCCAGACUCAACUACCAUGAGAACGGCUGGACACCCUCAGACGACACCAACAGGGAAUGGAUCCAGGUGGAUUUGGGGUUUCUUAGAAUUGUCACAAGCAUCGGGACCCAGGGUGCGAUUUCUAAGGAGACUAAGAAGCAUUACUUCGUUGUUUCCUACAAAGUGGACCUGAGCACCAACGGAGAGGACUGGAUCACGGUGAAGGAGGGCUCAAAACAGAAGAUCUUCGAUGGGAACCACAAUCCAACAGAUGAAGUCCGGGCCUUCCUGCCCAAACCGACUCUGACCCGAUACAUUCGCAUCCGGCCUUUCACCUGGGAGCAGGGCAUCUGCAUGCGCUUUGAGAUCUACGGCUGCAGAAUAUCAGAUUACCCGUGCUCGUCUAUGCUGGGCAUGGUGUCGGGGCAGAUCGCCGACGGUCAGAUCAGCGCUUCGUCCUUCGCCGACCGCGGCUGGGUGGCCGAGAAUGUGCGCUUAUUGACGGGCCGGUCGGGAUGGACCGGGCAGCAGUACAAGCAGCCGUUCAAGAACGAGUGGCUACAGGUGGAUCUGGGUCAGGACAAGAUGCUGAGCGGUGUGGUGAUCCAGGGAGGAAAACACCGCGAACGCAAUGUUUACAUGAAGAGGUUUAAGGUUGGCCACAGCCUGGACGGCGACAGCUGGACGGUCAUUAAGGAGGAGAACACCACCAGGCCGAAGAUAUUUAUGGGGAAUCAGAACCAGGAAACGCCGGAGCUGAGAUUGCUCGGUCCGCUUGUGACCCGAUUCGUCCGGAUCUACCCGGAGAGAGCGACCCAGGAGGGUAUGGGUCUGCGUCUGGAGCUGCUGGGCUGCGAGCUGGAAGAGAUAACGACGACGGGUCCCCCCACCACGCUGCCAUCCUCCACGCUCCCCAUGACCACGUUUGGUGCGACCAUGUUUGGUGCGACCACGUUUGGUGCGACCACGGCGGCGCCGACCACAGUUCCCAACACGACGCCCAGUUCAGACUGCGAGGAUUGGCUGCAGGGCUGCAAUGAUGAUGUGGAGGUUAUCAACGAGUACGAUCAUUCUGGACGCUCCAUCACCACCAACCCCAGCGUUGGCAUUGAAGCUUACCUUUGGUUUGCCUGCGACUUUGAUUUCUCGUCGUUGUGCGGUUGGAACAAGGACUCCAGUUCAGGAGCCGAGUGGAUCGUCCAGAGCAGCGAGGCUCCGGCCGUCCACAGAGGACCGACCCUCGACCAUGCAGGCAAUCCAGGGAACUUCAUGUACAUGCAGCUGACAGAUGCAAUCACGGCAAGUAAAACUGGAGAUGACAAGAGCAUGGAGCAGAAGGUGGCCCGGCUGGCCAGCGUGCCCAUCACCACGCCGGACGCCGGCCUCUGCAUGUCCUUCUGGUACCACAUGGCAGGCGAGCACGUGGGGGCGCUCCACAUCAGCUACAGGCCCGAGGCCGGCGAGGGCCAGGUGCUGUGGACGAUGAGCGGCCAUCAGGGCAACAGAUGGAGGGAAGGCCGUGUUUUACUUCCACAAAGUAGACACCCGUACCAGGUGUUGGUGGAGGGAGUCGCAGAAAGACGCACCACAAGCCACAUAGCAGUGGACACCAUCCAAAUCAUGGACGGACUCGACAUUCAGGACUGCAGGGAUCCAGAGACUCAAACAUCUCCGUCCACUAAGAUCUUAAUGCUACCCAUAGACUCGCUCUCUCAGGAAACGGGUGAACUCGGCAGGCCGGGCAACAUGCUGAAGACCAUAGACCCCAUCCUCAUCACCAUCAUCGCCAUGUCAGCCCUGGGCGUCUUCCUGGGCGCCAUCUGCGGGGUCGUGCUGUACUGUGCCUGCUCGCAGGGCAGCAUGACCGACAGGAACUUAUCGGCCCUGGAGAACUAUAACUUUGAGCUGGUGGACGGUGUCAAGCUAAAAAAGGACAAGAUUAACGGACAGACAAACAACUACUCAGAGGCGUGAGCGCAGCGGUGGGGCGGAGCUGCGACGGCUCCCCCGGUGGACAUGUUACGAGCAGCCAAUCACGGGGCUGACGCCACCAAUGGGACGGCAGGGUUGGCUGACAGUGAGCCGAUUUGAUUUUUAUUUCUCAGGAGUGGUGGUGGACAGGACUCACCUGUAGGGGGGGGGGGGCGCUGUGUAUAAAGAACAUGUACAGCAAAAAAAAAAAAAAA